AAAGUACGAGGCAAUCGCGCUUUUUGUACGUCGGUCUGCAAAUAAACUGAUUAAAAAAUUCACUACGUUUUUUGCAGUGCGUUUGUCCUCUUCGCAAUUUCAAAUCAAAUUAAACGAGUGUAUCGGCUGCACUUUCGGAACCUUGGUCUAGUUGGCGACAUGUUUCCUUCGGGGCUAUUCAGCGCGCGGACACUUGUCUUGUUGAACGGUAGAUGCACGAUUUAUAGCAGAAAUGUAAUUUGGCGUUUGAAUAAGCAAACACAGAGCCUGCAUAUGAGAUUAUGUCCAUUUUUUGCGGAUAAUUUUUGUUAGCAACUUUUAGAAUAUCUUCAGGGUGCUGCUGGGAGACGGACUGUCAAACAAACAUGCUAACGACUGUGUUGGAUGUGAAUUCAAUGUUAACGUUUGUGUGUUUGCCAAAUUAACAGCACCACUUAAACAUCCCCGUAGCUUAUUUCUAAACAUCAGCCUGUGGACAAAACCAGCAUACAGGAUGCCUAACACCAGCACACGGCAGAAGCACGGCAGGAGGACUCGAAGGCGCCGCCGAGCCGAUCCUGCCAGGAACGAGCUGGUCUCCAGUUCUCUGGAAAGUGCCCAGCAGUGCUUGUUCAACCAAGAUUAUGGAACUGCGUUUGCACACUACCUCCUGGUGCUCAACCUCGCACCUGUGUUUAAGGACUUUGCAAGGGAGUCUUUCAGGUUCACUCUCUUCAAAUGGGCAGAAGAACUGGACUCUCUGGGCCGCAUUCAGUAUCUUUUUGAUUGCUAUGAACAAGCUCUGGAACUUUUCCCUGAUGACGAGGUGAUCCUAAACAGCAUGGGCGAACACCUGUUCAGAAUGGGAUUUAGAGAUGAAGCUGCAGGUUAUUUUCACAAAGCUCUAAAGAUGAGACCAGACUACCCAGAGGCCAGAGAGAACUUCUACCGUGUGGCCAACUGGCUGGUGGAGCGCUGGCAUUUCUUCAUGCUCAAUGACCACGGGAGAAACCAGAAGUACCAGCAAGCCAUUCAGAAGGCUGUUCAGAAGGGCUGCAACACUGUACUUGACAUAGGUACUGGCACUGGAAUCCUUGGUAUGUGUGCUAAGAAGGCAGGGGCUGCUGAGGUGUACGCCUGUGAGCUGUCAAAGACCAUGUAUGAGCUGGCCUGUGAGGUGGUGAGUGCUAAUGGAAUGGACGGCAGCAUCAAGAUCCUCCAUAUGAAGUCCCUAGAGAUGGAAGUGCCAAAGGACAUACCGCACAGAGUAUCACUGGUGGUGACAGAGACAGUAGAUGCAGGAUUGUUUGGAGAGGGCAUCAUAGAGAGUCUGAUUCACGCUUGGCACCACCUCCUGCUGCCGCCCAAGAGGGGUGAGAAUGAAUUUGGGGAGCAGUCUGCCACAGGACGGGUCAUCCCCGCAGGAGCCACUGUCUUUGGUAUGGCUGUCGAGUGCAGCGAGAUCCGCCGGCAUCACAGGCUGUGUGUGACAAAGGUAGGCGGUCUCUCCAUGGCUGCAGCUGGAGAGCUCCACAGCCCAGUGAGCUGCAGCUCCGAACCAGACGACUCCAUGGAGCCGUACACUACAGAAAGACUCAGCAGACUGCCAGGAGGAUAUAAACCUCUCACAGAGCCAUUCACAGCCCUCAACAUAGAUUUCAACAAUGUGCAGGAGCUGGAAGGUCUGAGCUCCAGGGAGGUUCAAGAGAUCCGGCUGCCCGUCAUUCAGCAGGGAGAGCUGGAUGCUUUGGCAGUGUGGUUCCAGCUCCACCUGGAUGAGGAGAACAGUCUGUCUACUGGACCCCAGGAGGACACUUGCUGGGAACAAGCCAUCUACCCCUUCCACAGUGCCAAGGGUUUUGUCCUGAAGCCACGAGAUGAGCUGAUUGUUGAAGUCUCCUGCCGAGAUGCCUACCUGAGGCUCUGCAGUGUUGCUGUGCUGAGAGACGGCCAUAAAAUCAGUUUAGACAAACUAAUGGAUUCUCAGUAUCCUGUUUCAAACCCAAACCCAGAGGCAGAACUGUGCAGUGCAUUAGCAUGUCUUCAGACUGAUCAGAGUCAAGCGAGAGACUUCUGCAUGCUGGAAUGUUCGGAAAUGGCGCUCCUGAACAAUCAGGAUUACCAUCAGAGUUUUUGCACUGCGUUAGCCAAACUCAUCUCCCAGCUGAAGGUUAAGUGCCAAAACCAAGAGCGAGGGUCUGCUUUUCAGCCCGGCCCCGCUGUGGCCACACGCUGCGCGAGCCCGUUUUAUGUGCUUGACGUGUCGGAAGGCUUCUCUCUGCUCUCCUUAAUUGCUGCCAGCCAGGGUCACGUGAAAGCCUUCAGCUCGGUGGAAAAGAAGAAGCAACAGGAAGUGCUUAUAAGACUGGCUCGCUCCAAUAAUGUCUCGGAACAGCAUUUGGAGUUCUGGCUAAACAACACGGAGGAUGAGCAGGGGAUGCUGCAAAGGCCUUCCAGGGAGAAGCUGUGGAGUGCCAUCAUCCUGGACUGUGUAGAAACCUGCGGCCUCAUACGGCAGAAGCUGAUGGAGAAAGCGUCACUGGCCAGAUGUCUGCUGGAGGAAGGAGGACGUAUUUUCCCGGGAAAGAUUGUGGUGUAUGGUAUGCUGGUGGAGUCUGAGACUUUGCUACUGGAAAGCGCUGUCCAGGGUCAGGAGCCCACACUUGGAUUCAAUAUUGCUCCUUUUAUCAACCAGUUCACUGUACCGGUCCAUGUGUUUCUGGACUUUUCCACACUGGAGUGCAGACACCUCAGUGAAUCUGUAGAGCUCUUUGUUCUCAACCUCAUGGAUGCCAACGCAAACUACAUUAACAGAGAAGUCAAGGUCCAGGCUACAUCUACAGGCAGGAUAACUGCAAUUCCCUUCUGGUAUCACAUCUACCUGGACGAAGAGAUCUGCGUGAGCACCCUCGGCCAGGCUGCUCACUGGAAGCAGGCCGCCGUCGUUCUGCAGCAGCCCCUGGAGGUACGAGCAGGAGAGUGGGUCCGCCUCGGCGUGAAGCUUCACAAAAGCACCAUCUCCAUUUUGGCCCAUAUAGAAAGCACACCUCAGCAGAUGGAGUGAUAAUCGCUCACAUUUUAGCUUAUUUGUAAUACAUUUCAGCCCACCGUUGUAUCGGCUGACUGAUAACAAAGACAGUAUUGGUCUGUCAGAUGUAUCAGAGUCGGUGUACUUGUUGUCUGAUGGCCAUUUUUGUUGUUACAGAUCAUACUGCAGAAAAAGAUGCUUGCGGUAAAUUGCAUGUAGAAAUUGUGUCAUCAUGUUUGCCCAGCAGUUCACAGCCUGCUGUUUACAAUAUUCUCAGCACUGUCUGCAGAAUACGUAUGAGAGUAUAUUUCAAAGAACACUGCUGCUAAUAUUACAUUCCUAGUAUUUUUAAUGCCCUUUCUCUAUUGACAUUUUUCAUGUAGUACUAGUCUCAAAACAUUGGGAUCACAGUUUAGCAACUCCCUGCAUGAAAAAACCCUUGUUAGAAGUUUAAGUAAAAAGCCUGCUGUAUAAGGAAAAUAGGUCCACAAGGACUUGUACUUACGUUUGUAAGUAGAUAAUAAAAACAUUAGCCCUUAA